UGCUAACUUUCUGAACAAGAAUGGAAUGCUUAAAACCGUUUCGAGGAAUAUGCUUUCUGUGCAAUUUCUAGUUAUCAGAUUUUAAAUUAAGUCUGUAUUUUUUAAAUUAUUCAAUAAAAACUAAUGACCUUAAUUUGCCCUUUCUACGACGCCACAUAAGCAUAAUGCACAGAAAAGUACUCUGUGGCAUUUGCCUACAAAAAAAGUAAAUGCCAAAUGCAAACGUCGCAAACGUCAUGUGCGUUGAUUUCUCUUUGUCGUUUGUUACAGAGAGGUUAGAAUUAGAAAAACUGUUUUAAUUUAUUUGUUGUGGUUUUGAAACUCUACGUAUAAAUAAUAAACCAGUGGAUUCUACAACUACGAUGGCGACAAGAACGACUGAUUUCGAAAAAGCUGACUCUAGAAAUUUGCCUGAAGUUAACAAUGUUAUGAUUUUAGAGUUCAUGACAAAUUCCAGCAACCAUAACAUUGCUGAAAUCAGAGGAGCCAAGGCUCUCAUGUCAUCACGGGAUAGUUACUUGUCAUCAGCAGUUGGAUAUGUAGAAGUGCAUAGAAGCCUAGGAAUCUGUAGUGUCAAAGCCAGAGUUGUUCCGGAGCACAGAACACAGAAAUCAUACACUGUAAUGGCCAAAAUAAAGGAGACUGAUUCUGAGAUUCUUGAGUCAAAUUGUUCUGAUUGUGCAGCUUCUGCAGGUGGCUGCAAGCAUUCACUACUGCUUUUAUUUUGGCUUGAGAAGCGGAGUUGCGAACCUUCUAGCACAUCCAAACAGUGCUUCUGGAUAAAGCCUACCCUGGCAUCUGAACGAACAAAUCAUGUUUUGGCAGAAGAUGUAUAUGAAAAUGUCAAGAAAAUUAAGUUGGCUCCGAAAGAUACUACGGUUUUGGAAAGCUUCUAUGAAGAAUGUACAAAAAAGGAUGUAAAAAGUUCAUUAAUAUGCAAUUUAGAAGAACAAUUUAAAAAACAGACUUUUAACCUAUUUGACAUGGCAAUAGAUUUUUUUGAAAAGGAAACUAAUCAUGGUUUUAAAUAUUUUAAAGAGACUUUAGAUCAAACAAUUACCAAAGAUGUUAUAGAAAAAAUAAGUAAAAAUACAACAGAGCAAGUGAAUAGUAAAUAUUGGCAUUACAUUCGGCAGGGACGGCUUACAGCUUCAAAGCUGUAUGAAGCUGCUCGUUCCAAGACUGAUGGGACCUUAGUGCAGCAAAUUUUAGGUGGCUAUAAAGUACCGGAAACACAAGCUAUAAAAAGGGGUAAAACCUUAGAAAAGCAAGUUAUUGUAGAAAUAGAGAAAAAACUACACAUUAAAGUGAAAGAAUGUGGCUUUGUUUUGAUAAAUAGCUUGAUGGGUGCUUCACCUGACGGAGUAACUAAAGAUUGUGUGAUUGAAAUCAAAUGCCCCAUCUCAGCCAAAACAUUCCAAGCAUAUGUUAAAAACAAUGAAAUAUGUAAUAAAUAUAAAGCACAAAUAAAUUUGCAAAUGAAAGCAACAGGCCUUUUAAAAGGCAUAUUUUGCAUUGCAGAUCCUUUAUUUGAAACAACAAAGAAAGUUCAUCUGUUUCACGUUGAUUUUGAUGAAGCAUUUCUGACUGACAUAAUAGGCAAAGCGGAAACUUUUUGGGAAUCAUUUAUAUAUCCAAAAAUAAUGUCAAGUGCCAAAUGUAACUAGACUAGACUAUGCCGAAAUACCUGACCCUUCUGAUCCUGAUAGUAAGCAGCCUGCGGAAGCCAUACUAUAGUGCCCACAAAUCAUCUUGGCGGUUGAGUGAACACAGUCACAAGUCGUUUGCACACGUUUUGCACUCUGUACAGUGUAUGUGUAAUCAUUUAUUUAUUUAUUUGAUACUUUAUUGCACAAAUAUGAAAUAUAAGUGUACAAAAGGUGGACUUAAUGCUAAAAGCAUUUUCUACCAGCCAACC